GGAUGUUCAGAGUUCUCUCACUCUUGGUUGUAUCAGUCCGGCAUUGCUAUUGGAUUUUUGCCACUUUUUGGGGAAAUUUCCAACUCCAAAAUGUAAACUGGGAUUAAAGUUUGUUGUGAGCUGAAAGCAGCUGCGGUCGUCCGUGAGUCCUCCUUCCCUCUCUGUGUGCACACAGCGGGACAGUGCGCUCGGCUGAGCAGCCCUGAAACAAGCAUAGCGUGGAGGAGAGCUCAACAAACUGCGAACAAAGGGACCUGGGAUUUAUUUGUCAACUUUGAAGGGUCUGUACAAACUUUUUUUUUGUUUUGUUUGGUAUACAAAGUAUAGGAGCUGGUUUUGUUGCAGCAGGCGCAGAGUUAAAAGUGACUUUUCUCAACACGUUUCUCAGUGAUGCACACUUAAUUCCGGCUUUUAUGCAAAUGUUAAGAUAGCGCGCUGAAGUCUGUACCGUUACAUUAAAUACAGAGCCUUUGUGAGGUUCGUGGGAAAUGUAGUUUGCCAACUUGGACUAGUGUUUGUAUUCCAUAUGGCGGGAUGUUCUGGGCGUAAAUCGUCUCGUGUGCAGGCUACAGUUUAAUGGAUACAUUAUAUGGAUGAGAACACUUAUGGUCACUCUGUAUCAUGUCCUCAUGCGGUUGAUCUUACUCAUUCCUGUGAUUACACAUAACUGUGUAAACACACUGGUUUACUCCAAUCAUUCAAAUGUGCAUCACGAGCUUCCUGUAACCGCCCUCAGUCUAUCUCCAACUUUGUGGGGGAAUCAGGGUUCUUCUGUCCGGAGCUUAAAGUCACUGGAUUAUUUCUCAGCUGUGUAACAGUGCAUGACUUCAUCCAUCAUUUUAGUCGGCUGGGUGUGGGUGUGUGGAUGUGUGUGUGUUUAGGUCACCUCCACUGUGCCACUCUGGUCUGGGCUGAGUGAAAGAGCAACAAGCACCUGCAGGGCACCAUCAGUGGCCCAAACCCCAUUACUGCAGUAUGGGCAACUUUUCCAGCAAGGACGGCCAUGGACCCACAGUGGCCCAUGGGGAAAGUUUCCACACUCCCCCUGCUUCUCCGCAGAGUGAUGAGCCUUCUUUCAUACCUGGUGUCCCCCAACUCCUUCACCCUACUUCACCCAAACUACCCCCUGCAGCCCCAACAUCACCUCCACCCCCGGUCCCAGUCCCAGGCCUCACACCUAGCGUGAAGAAAGCACAAUCCAGCACCAACCCUACAACUGCCUGUCCUCGUCCUGAGUGGAGGCCUCAACCAUCAGCCGGCUCACAUAGCACCAGCGUCGGCUAUGGAGUUCACCCCGUUCUCAACAAUCCGGGAAACACUGCUUUUAAAAGACAAGCUUCUCUGGGGAGGAAUGGGGGUCCCCCUACCUCCACCCCUCGGACUCCUGUCUCACAAAGUCGUACUGUUACCGUCAGCCCGACAAAGGCCCCCUCCUCUCAGUGCAGUGCCUCACCUUUGGGGGUCAGCUCUUCGGGAAAGAACUGGAGAGGAAGGGACAGUGGCCUGAGUCAGUCUUUACUGCACGCUCAUGAAGCUGCAGAUAGCCAAGGGGAGGAACUGAGGAGGCUGCUGGAGGAGUGUAGGACAGCUCUCGGUAUCACUGCAAGUCAGGAUGCAACCAACAACACAACAGAGAUACUGAAGCAUCUGCUGGCAGAAGUAAAGAGUCUGAAGAGUACAUUUCAGACAGAACGUGGGGAAUGGCUGCAGUUCCAGGCUGACCUACAGGUGGCGGUGUCUGUGGCAGACCGUCUGAGAGCCGAGGCAGAAGAAGAGCUGACUGCGCUCCGACGGCACACAAGGAUGUGGAGAGGGAGCUGGCAGCUGCCCAGCAGAGACUGAAGGAGGCUGAUGUCCAACUGGUUACCCUGAGAGGGGAGUUAAAGGAGAGCCAGCAGAGUCUGACGUCUCUCACCAAGAGUCUAGGUCAGGAACCAGAGAGGCCCAAUAGACCAACCAAUGAACCAACACACAGCUCUGAAAGCAAAGAAGGGACCCAGAGGGGCAGGGA